UGGGCAAAGAAAAAAGGACUCAAAUGGUAAACAAGCAAACUAAAAGGAUGAUAAUGGAAAUAAAAACAUCUACCGGCAAUCCGUCCAAUCAAUACGCGUCCCGCUAGCGCGUGAGCCCGUAACCGUCUCUCUCACCGUUCACUCUUUCGCCGUAACUUCCUUCUUCUCUAGUCUUCCCCAUAUAUAACCCAACUUCCCCUCUGCAGAUUUUUCCCACACACAUUUUUCUCAGCAACCAAACAACUCUCCAAAAAAGUCACACAGACCCAAAAAGAAAAUCGCCACCAUGUUUCGCCUGAGCAACAACCUGAUCGGAAUCCUCAACUUCGUGACCUUCCUCCUCUCGAUCCCCAUCAUCUGGGCCGGCGCCUGGCUCCGCAACCACGGCAGCUCCGAGUGCGAGCGGUUCCUCGACACACCCGUCAUCGUCAUCGGCGUCUUCCUCAUGCUCGUCUCCAUCGCCGGCCUCGUGGGCGCCUGCUGCAAGAACUCCUUGCUCCUCUGGAUCUACCUUGUCGUCAUGUUCCUCCUCAUCGUGCUGCUCUUCUGCUUCACCAUCUUCGCCUUCGUCGUCACCAACAAGGGCGCCGGCCAGGUGUUAUCGGACCGCGGGUACAAGGAGUACAAAUUGGGGGAUUACUCCAAUUGGUUGCAGAAGAGGGUGACCGGGGGGAAGAACUGGAACAAGAUCAGGAGCUGCUUGAUUGAAGGGAAAGUCUGCUCCAAGUUCAACGAGACUUACCUUUCCGAUACCGUCGAGCAGUUCUACACCGAGCGAUUGAACGCUCUUCAGUCUGGAUGCUGCAAGCCAUCAGAUGAAUGCGGCUACACCUACGUGAACCCAACGACAUGGACCAAGACCACCACGAACUCGACCAACCCCGACUGUGCAGCUUGGGACAACCAGCCCGAUGUGCUCUGCUUCAACUGCAACUCCUGCAAGGCCGGGCUUCUCGACAACCUCAAGCGCGACUGGAAGCGGGUGGCGAUUGUCAACAUCGUCUUCCUCGUCUUCCUCAUCAUCAUCUACUCCGUGGGUUGCUGUGCUUUCAGGAACAACAGGAGGGACAACUCUUACACCACAGGGUGGAAGGCUUAAGAUCACAUUUUCUGAUGCUGCUACUGAUGUAUGGAGAUUGUAGUUUGUAGUUUAGGCGGAUCAUAUUUUGGCUUGUUGCUGCUACUUCCUGUUAUUUGUUGUACAGCAUUUUGAUAUGCUUCACUUCCAUGGCUGCUUCAGAGCAUAUGUUGGGCUGUAUAUGUUCUCUACCUUACCUGCCUGGUGGAUAUUUCUUCUGCUAUGAAUAGAUAUUCAUUCCCAUCUCUUUCCAUUUUCUUCAUUAUUAUCAUCAUCGUCAACUUGGUAUUAUUUUCUUCAUUAUUUUUUCACUUCAGUAAAAUUGCGUAGGUAAAUUGUUAAGUAAUAUAUACCAUCUCAAGUCAAGCCGAGUGGGCUGCCUCCGCUCCUGGUCAAGAGUGUGGACUAAGUCAACACUAAUUUCUGUGAUUGUGGCUGGCUCCACGACUCAUCUCAUCUCAAGUCAAGCCGAGUUCUGAUUUCCACACAAUCUCUGGUUGUGUCUCCAUCUUUUAUUUUGAUGUUUCUGCCCUUCCACAAUCUCUCAAAUCCAAAGUCUCUUUGAUCUCAUCGAAACCCAUCCCUCCAAUCCUUCCUUACUUUCCUUCCUUCAUUCUCAAUGCCCGACUCCAACAUCCCUUCGCCGCCGCCGGAUACAGGCGCCAAAAUCGUCGCCACCUUUGUGAUCGUUGCCGUCGUAGUCCUCGUCAUCGUCGGAGUGGCAAGCUGUUUCUGGAAGCAAUGUUAUCCGACGACCGGCUCCGACGCAACUCCGAUCGCUCCCCCGAAGACGGGUACUCCUUCCUCGAGCGGGACUUUCACGUACGAGGAGCUGGCGAGGGCCACCGACGGGUUCUCGGACCGCAACUUCCUCGGCAGGGGAGGGUUCGGCUCCGUCCACAGGGGCGUCCUCGCCGGCGGCCAACUGGUCGCCGUGAAAAUGCUGGCCCACGGGAGCAGCCAGGGGGAGAGGGAGUUCCGAGGGGAGGUGGAGAUCAUAUCCCGGAUUCACCACCGCCACCUCGUCUCCCUCGUCGGCUACUGCGUCUCCGGCGACCGGAGACUUCUCGUCUACGAGCUCGUCCCCAACAACACCUUGAAGUUCCACCUUCGCGGCGGUAGGGAAUUAAUUAAUGCAGUUACUUAAUUACGAGAAAGGUUAGCACUACGUACAAUUUGAUGAAAACAAUCAAUGGCGGAGAAUUGUUGCUUGGAUUAUCCACAAAGAGUGUAGAUAUUGUGUGGUUGGAGUUGAUCCCAUGGAUGGAUAGCCAACCAUAAGAAACAAAACAACCAUCAUGUCCCCUUCUUUAAACAAAUUUGAUCGUAGAAUUGUCAAUAAUCAAUUUGUCCCGAUAACUAACAUUGUUGAGAGAGUUCCAAUCGAAAAAUCUAUGUCGUUCAUUGAUUGUAAUAUGGUUUGGCUUUUAUAGAUGAAGGAAGACCGGUGCUAGACUGGCCAAGUCGGUUCAAGAUCGCGGUGGGAGCAGCCAGAGGAAUUACCUAUCUUCAUGAAGAUUGUAAGUCAGUCAUGGCGUGCGUUUGAUCUGAUUUGUUGUGCACAUAAUUAUCUUUUUAAGUCAUGAAUUGUAAAAAUACCAUGAGUAUUAAUUAAGGUGCAAGACUCAACCAUAUUACACUAGGCUGCGUAAGAUUGUCGUUGGGGUCUUAUCUAGCACUUAGACGUCGCUUAAGCGUGUUUAGGCGUUGGACGAAAGAACAAACAUGUUGUAGUAUUGCAUAAUGAAUGAAGUAACAAUUUACAAGACUUCCUCAGUUCAAUUCAAAUGAGUAAUUAAUAACUUAAUUAACACUUAACAACAAGAAAAAUAGAUGAUAAUUUCAUAGAAUCAUAGUUGGUCAAUAGCUCACAAAGUUCUUGACCUAUUGAAAAGAUUGAGAUAGAAGAUUGAGUUUGUAGAUGAUUUUAGUUUCACCUUUUGAUAUUGACUACCUAGCUCCAACUAACUAUGCCUAGGUGACACCUAUAGAUCACCUUACUCUUACACUGUGUUCUCGAUACUUAAACGCGUCUUUUUGAACCAUGAUAUAGAUAUAUAAAUUAUCAUCACAAGUUUAUAUACAGUAUGUCUUAAUUAGAUAGCCUCUUAAAAAUAAUGGUCAUUCAUUCUGAUAAUUGAAAAUAGAUGCACCAUCUUAGGGUUUAGAAAAUUAGGGGCUAAGGUUUUAAUAAUUCAAGUUAAGGAUAUACUAUCACACCCUGGAUUAUGGUUAAUUCAUAGUUUAAAUUGUUUUACUUGAAAGGUAUUCAUAGUUUAAAGGUGUAAAGUGGAGUUCAAUACGGCAUGAUGCGCUAGGCAAAUCCAAAAUACAUUGCCGAGGCGUUAAGUGGCGGACUAGGCGGACAUAAUGCCACGAUAAAAUAAUUAGGUGAUUUUACAAAUUUUAUGAGCAAAUUGAUUUGUGGUUAUACAAACUUGUGAGCUAUUUUUUCUUGUUAGGUUCUCCUAGGAUCAUCCAUAGAGACAUCAAGUCCGAAAAUAUUCUUCUUGAUUUCAAUAUGGAUGCCAAGGUUGCUGAUUUUGGGUUAGCAAGGUUCUUCCCUGACUUCGUUACGCACAUAAGCACUACUCGAAUUGGUGGUACUUUUGGUUACUUGGACCCCGAGUAUGCUACUAGCGGGAUACUGACCGCAAAGUCGGAUGUGUUCUCCUUCGGUGUGAUACUCUUGGAGUUGAUCACCGGGCGCCUCCCAGUCGAGCCGCCGCGUGAUUCAUCCAUGUGCCUUGACCUCAAUUUGGCGAUCUGGGUAAAGAGAUUCGACCUCGAUUUUCGACCUUGAUUAUACAUCGAUUUUAACUCUACCAUGCAUUCAUUCAUGAUUACAGGCAGCGCCUAGGCUGAUUCGGGCUAUGGAGGACGAAAACUAUGACGAAUUGGUGUCGGCGGAGCUUCGAGGAACCUAUCCCCUUGAGCAGAUGAGUUCCAUGGCCGCCUGCGCGGCUGCCUGUGUUCGCCCCUCGUCCGUGCAACGACCUCAGAUGAGUCAGGUAGUCCUUGCUCUACUAGGAAAGAUCCCGUUGGAAGAUCUUAGGGCGGAAGUGAUCUCCGAGUCAAGCUACGAGAUCACCGUAGAUAGCAACAGCACCGUUGCUGAGAGCCUGCCCGCAACUCUAUUCCCUUCCCACAUUCGAUCGCAUGAGUUUACCACUCCGGCAUCCAUCUGAUUUCGGUGUGUUGGUUAUCAACUUGUAACAUGAUUAGUGUCCUAUAGUAAGAUCUCAAGGGACUGCGAAAAUUUACGAUCGGAUCUCGAACUAUAACAGAUUAAUUAACAGUUUCAGUUCACCCGCGCGAGCAUCUCAUCUAUAUCGUUUUUGGGUUUCCAUCUUAGCUUUCUUUCUUCACUCUUUUAUACAUUCUUUCCUUGCCUCAUUAUUAAGAUCUUAAGGG